CAGCUGAUUGGUUGCCAUGGGCAACUUCUCCACUCUUUUCACUGCUUGAUGAUUAGACCCCUAUGUCACUGGCAAAUAUAUAUCUGUGUGUUGGCUAUUGGUGGGCAGCGCAUAGUUAUGUAGGCAGUUUAAAGUGUGCAGCUGGUUACCUUCGGGAAUUGUAUUGAACACAAAGGCACAUUGGGGGGUGCACUAUCCUCAAAAAGGCUGGCAAACCUCUAAAAAUGGCAUUUUUGGAGGUAUGACUGCUUUCCCCAUAUGUAUCAGAACUCGAAACUGCGCUGAGUCUGUUCCUGGUAGGCAACAUUAUCCUAAUAGAAGCCCAUUGGCUUCUUAUUGCAGACUUAUAGGAUCCCACUCAGUAUCCAUUGAGGCUCAUGUGUGCGCCGCCUGACGGUCCCGCAUUCACAGAAGGACUACCGGGUUAUAAACAUUAAAGUCCCCAUAUGCUUAUUCCCACCCAUUGUCCAUCUCGGUACCUCCCAACAGUACUGAUUUAUGUGCAUCAGUCCCCAUUUGGAGCACCGUCAAAUGCAGGAGGACACCGCCCUCCCCAUUGUCCAGACAGCACUUACCUUGGUGUGCACUGUGUUUUAAGGAAAGUGAACAGUGGGAGCGGUGGUGCAGACUUAACGGCUUCCACUGCCACAACGGAAAAGACGGGACAAGUUAGUGGCCGAAGGUGAGCGGAAAACCCUACAGCACAGACCUCCCAGAGGCCCCUUAAUUACUUGCUAAUUCCAUCACUUUGGUUGAAAACUAACGAAUAUGUUUUGGGAGGGGAUACAAGAGUAUGUGGAGUUGAGUCAGGAGAUUGUGAAGGUCAUGGUGUCGGACAAUGCCGCCGUCACACUGAAGAUAAGUCUGGACAUGCAGGAAGCCAUGAUCGACUCGCUUGCAGAGACUGAAAACCAGGCCUCGGAGCUCAUCAGAGAUGUUCUGUCCGUGGAAGAAGUAGUAGCAGAAAAACUACUUGAAACAGAAGAAGCCAUGCAGAAGGCUUCGUCCAGACAGAGGCAGAUUGAUCAGGAGCUGCAGCAGGUGCUCAAGAAGAAUGCGUCAUUGGAAAGCAGCAUCAAAUUCCUAAACAAGGAGCUGGAUGAGGUGAAUCACCUGGAGAAGGAGAUUGCGGAGGUGGAGAAAGAAGCUGAAGAGGACACCACUGUAGUCAUUCCCUCCGCUCUGUAUAUGGCAAAACUUUUCCACUCUGUAACGAAGAUUGACUGGGAUUACAGUUGUGACCCAACACUCAUCAAAGGCAUCCACUAUGGAGGAGAGAUUGCUCAGCCCAUCAGCAUUGACAGCACCCAGCACUCAAAGAUCUUCAUCUGCAACUAUCUAUGGAGCCUCUUGUCCACAGAUUGGUGACUCCGCUUCCAGUUUUAUUUACACUCGUUUUUUAAAAUAUAAUUGUUAUUUAUUGAAAGCAGCAAGCAAUGUAUACACGUUUUAUGUACGUUUUCCAAUAAAUGUAGUUAUUUGGA